UCGACUAACAGCUGGUCUGUACGCGCCCGAUCCCGUCUCCUGAGAGUCACUGUGCCGACCUACACACCUCCAAGGCAGGUGUACCGCGGUCCUGUUCGGCUGUAAACUUCUCUACAAGUUACUGUGCUUUGUUCCAGCCAAAAAACUGAUCGGAUAUGGAGACUGCAAGAGUGCAUAUAAUUACACGCAUACUCCUGCUGUUUCAAAUUGCUGUCGCCUUCCUGUGCGCAGUCGUUUCAGGGCAGAACGGGGAGAGCGUGGUGGUGGGAGAGUUCAACAUUAGUGCCCCUGCAGGCUCGGAGGCCGUACUGCAGUGCCACAGCCAGCGCAUGGUGUGGACCCAGGACCGGCUGAAGGACCGGCAGCGCGUGGUCCACUGGGACCUGUUCCGGAGUGCGCCAGACUACUCCAUGGAGCGGGUGCUGGACAUGUUCUCGGCUGGUGACCAGCGCAUCUAUAACGGCUACAACAAGGGCCGUGUCAGCAUGCCCAUGACUGCCUUCAAUGACGGCAACUUCUCCCUGGUCAUUAAGGAUGUGGCCAUGAGUGACAGGGGCAUCUACUCCUGCAACCUGCACCACCACUACUGCCACCUGUACGAAACCAUCAAAGUGCAGCUCAACGUCACCAAGUCACCCCGUAAGGAGCGGCGCUUCUGGGACGGGGAGAAGGCUGUGUUCGUGGUGCUGGUGGGCAGCACGGUGGUCCUGCCGUGCGUGAACCGCCACCCGGUGUGGACGGAGGCCCACAGGGAGGAGGAGCAGCAGGUGGUGCACUGGGACCGGCAGCUGCCGGGCGUGCGGCACGACCGCGCAGACCGCCUCAUCGACCUGUACGCGUCCGGCGAGCGCCGGCAGUACGGCCCGCUCUUCCUCCGCCGCAAGAUGAACAUCUCGGGCGAGGCCUUCUCGCUGGGCGACUUCUCGCUCAUCAUCUCCGACCUGCGCCCGCCGGACGAGGGCGUGUACUCCUGCCACCUGCACCACCACUACUGCGGCCUGCACGAGAGGCGCAUCUUCCACGUCAGCGUGGGGCCCCCCCUGGUCCCCGACCAGUCCCCGGCUCCCCGCCUCCUCCCCCAGGACGACCCAAACACCAACAUGGUGGAGGUGCCACGUGUCAUCAAUGUCAUCCUGCCUGAGCAUCGAGGUCACUUCCUGCAGCAGGUCGGCUACAUCCUGGCCACUCUCCUCCUCCUGGCCCUCAUUGCCAUCGCUGUCAUCCUGUUCAGCCGUCGCUGCAGGAAGAGAGGGCUGGAGUAUGACCUGCGCAGAUCUGAACGGGGGAACGUGACCUCCAAUGACUUCGAGAUGGGCGUCACGGAGCUGAAGAUGUGCAACCAGGAGGAAAUGAGGCUGGACUACAAAAACAACAUCCUGAAGGAGAAGGCAGAGAUGUCAAAGCUGCCGUCCCCGAAAGUCAUCGACCUGGACAAAGAGAUGGAGAAAAAGGCGUGGAAGUGAGGGACUGCAUGCCGCUGGCUGGCCCAGGGCACACAAAGAGAGAGGAGGAGUAAAAGAGAAGGGAGGGAAUGGAGGGAUGUGUGGAGGAAGGAGGAGUGUAAGGAGAGAGGGGAGAGUCCUAACUUCACUGCUUCAGAGCCCGUGGCACCAGCUGUGUGACCACGCCCACCUUUUGACGGCUGCUGCGCUGAUUCGC